AUGAACAAGUUUGUCGCUUGCUUGGUUCUCAUCAUUGUUUCGGUUGUCUUCGGCGCCACUGCUGAAAUUGUGAGUUUUCGAGUUUGGCUGAAAUUUUUGAGCUCAAUUCAUUUUUCAGAGAGCAAAACGUGCCAUCAAUCCAUUCUUAGAUUCCAUGGGAAAACGUGCCAUCAACCCAUUCCUUGACUCAAUGGGCAAACGAUCCUACCGAGUUGUGUCACUCCCAGAAAAAAGGUAAUGAAGUUCUCUAGAUGAAUUUUUCAUUGAAAAAUCUAAUAUUUUCAGAUACUUCGACAGCUUGGCUGGACAAUCAUUGGGAAAACGUAGCGCGUUCGAAGAAUAUUACCAAUAA